GGUGCUCCUGUUGCGUGCUGUGGACGGCGCGGUGUUUGAAUCGUUAUCGUACCGGAUGCAAUGACGGGAUCCGGGCGGUGAUUAUUAUACGGGUGACAGGUUUACCAUUGGAGCCCGUGGAGCGGGACGAUGAGUUGGGUGGUGGAGGAGUGGAAGGAGGGUCUGCCCUCGAAGACCCUGCAGAAGAUCCAGGAGCUGGAGGCUCAACUGGACAAGCUGAAGAAGGAGCGGCAGCAGAAGCAGUUCCAGCUUGAGUCCCUGGAGGCCGCCUUCCAAAAACAGAAGCAGAAGGUUGAAAGCGAGAAGAGUGAAGCCACCGCGCUGAAGAGAGAGAACCAGAGCUUAAUAGAAUUAUGUGACCACCACGAGAAGACGCGGCAGAAGCUGAGCCACGAGCAGCAGGCAAAAGACACGCAGAUCAAUUUCCUGGAGGGACAGCUGAGCGCCAGCAAGAAGCACACGGAGAAGCUGGAGCAGGACCUGAAGAGAUACAAGAAUGACCUGGAGAGGAGCCAGCAGUCCUCUGCUGCAGCGGACAUGUCUGUAUGCGUCACCCCCCAGAAGAGCCUCAACGCCCCCUUCACACCUGUUAAAUUUAAUGAUUCUAAAUAUGAAGAGCUGAAGGAAAAGUACAGUAAGGAGGUGGAGGAAAGAAAGAAGCUGGAGACGGAGUUAAAAAUUCUGCAAAUGAAACUGGCGAGCCAGACGUCUCAGCCCACCCCCCAAAAUACAAUGAACCACCGGGACAUUGCCCGCCACCAGUCGUCCUCCUCCGUGUUCUCGUGGCAGCAGGAACGGACACCGGGCCGCACGUCGUCCAGCUCCCACGAUCCCUCGCUCAAGAGGAAUUACUCCUCCAUCCAGUAUCCGUGGGAUCCGGAAGAGACGCCGAGCAAAAGAGGAUUCAGAGCUGAGGGCGCGAGCAGGAGCUUCUGCGAGACCGCCAACAAUCCGGCGAACGAUCAGCUCAGGAGCCAGAAUCAAGAAUUGCGAUCCAGAGUUAAUGAGCUGGAGCUUCGCUUAGAAGUCCAAGAAAAAGAGCUGAAAAACCAACUUCACAAACUCCAGGAGACUCAGACCCUGAUGGAGAAGACGCAGGCAGAGCUGGCCGAGAGAGACAAGACGCUGAGCAAGAGCCGCGAGGACCUGGCGCGAAUCACUGUCCAGUUUGAGCAGUCUGUCGACAAGUGCACGGCGACCGAGCAGAAGCUGAAGAAGGUUUCAGAGGAACUGAGCUGUCAGAGGCAGAACGCAGAGAGCGCCCGCCUGGCCCUGGAGCAGAAACUGAAGGAGCAAGAGAGAGAAAACCAACAGGAGCUGCUGCGUCAGCAGAAUUCCCUAAAGGACAUGGAGCAGCAAGUGAACCAGACCAAAAGCAAACUAAGCCAAGAGUCCCAGCAAGCAAAGAACGAGUUUAAUGCCAUCCAAUCAGAACUGGAUCGGGUGACACACGGGAAGAAGGCUCUGGAGCUGGAAGUAGAUGAUUUAAAACAGAAAUUAUCCAGAUCGGAACAAGCCGUGUCCACCGGCCAGAAUCAUGUGACUGAUCUCAAGAAGGACCUGGAGGAGGAGAGGACUCAGCAAAAUGCAAUCAAAAGUCAACUGGAUCAGAAAAUCAAAGAAGCUUUGAAACUAGAAGAUGAAUUCCGAACUGCAAAUCAGACUCUACGGCAGGACCAAGUGUUCAUAGAGGAACUGAAAAACAAGAACAAAAGUUUGGAUGCAGAACUGAAAGCUGCCUUGCAGAAACUUAACUGCCAAGACUCGACCUGUUUGGAAAAUCUUAAGGUGACGGUGACUAAUUUGGAGAAGGAAAGAAAUUAUGCAAAGGAAAUGUUGCAGAAGAGAGAGAACGACUUGACUGAAAUGAAAAACGCUCAAACUAAAAUGUCGGAAGAAUUGUCAACUCUGAAGAAUCAGCUUCAUUGUAAAGAGCAAGAAUGUAAAGACUUGGGUCAUUGGAAAAAUGAAUGUGAAAAUAAUACUGUCAAGUUCAUCACUGAGAAGGAGGAAACGUCUAGAAGGAUCAAAGACUUGGAAACGACGGUUCAAAAUCUUACCGAUCAGAUCUCUUCACUGGAAAACAAUAAGAGAAACUUGCACACCCAGAUAAAAACCCUUCAAGAUAUCCUUGAUGUAAGAACAUCUGAUCUGGAGGUCCAGAAAGUUAACUGCACCAAUCUGAACAGUCAGAUGGUGUCGGAAGGUCAAAAAUAUCAAAAAGAAAUCGAAAACCUCUUACAAAAAAUAUCUGAACUUGAGAUGCAACGAAAGAUACAAGAAGUAGAUGUCUGGUCAAACCGGGUGUCGUUUUUGGAAAAUGAGUUGGAGACGCAGAAACAACUGAAUGCUGAAUUACAAGAUCGGCUGGACCUACUUCUAAAAAAUCAACAGGAAGUCCAAGAGCAUGUGUCUGAAGUGGACGGAAAGCCUGAGGGUCGUUUGUCUAAUUCUACAAGCUCAAAAGACAUUUCAUCCAAACCCAGCGUGGAUUCUUUUACGUCUGUCAUCAGGGAAAAAGAAGAAGUAAUCAACAUGUUAUCAGAAAAAUUGAAUUUUGUAGAGUCGGAGAUGGAAUCUAUGCAUCAAAAUAACAAAGAACUUAAGACUAAGCUACAAGAGCUAAAUCUGUUGUCUGUGUCGUGGUCUGCUGAGAGGGAAACACUCUCUGCGUCAGUUACUUCUCUUCAAAAAGACCUCGAAAAGCUGACUGAGGAAAACAAAGGAAUGGGCAACGCGCUGAAUGACGAGAAGACGCAACAAAAGAAUGCGAAGAUUGACACUUCAGAGAGAGACAUCACAGUCGGUGUUCAAAAAGAUGACCUGGUAGAUGGGUCUAAAGAAGAAAACGGAAGCCAGGAUGAAAAUCCAAAAGGAGACAUGACGGAGUGGAAAGAAAAAGCUCUCAGAAUUCAGAAAGAGAACGGUCGCCUGCUACGAGCUAACGAAGAGCUGUCAUCAUUGAUUGGAAAGCUUCGAGACAAUGAAUCCUCUCUAAACAAGGUUCUAGAAGAAUUGCGUAUUUGUCUGAAGGACAAAGAAACGUCUUUAAGAAAAGCACAAACAGAGUUAGAAUUGAACAAAAGUUGUAAGGAGGAAGAUUUUUCAGCAGAAAGAGUCCAGGAACCAUUGAUUGGCCUUCAGAGCCCAACAAACUGUAGUGUAGAAAAUAAUAAUGGCUUACAGUUGAAGGAAAAUCAAGAUCGUCUGGAAAGUCCAAAAGCGAAAAAGACAACCAUUCUCAACAGCCGUGAUGAAACCAUGCCUAUUGGCACCAGUAGUCAAACAUUAAUGGAUAAUUCUCUCUUGGAUAUAACUGAAGAUAUUUCUUUGUUUACUCCAUUGCUUGGAUCCCAGAAUCGUGAGGAAAAUUUGACAUUACUGAUCAACAUGGACCAGCUCACUUUGGCGUCAGCUAAUGACACCACACUGCUCCUUUCGGAUCUUACGCAACUAGAGUCCCAAAAACCUGCCACCUUUUCUUCACCUUUUAAUCCACCACCUCUUAAUGAAAGGGUUGACAGAAACAGAGACCGAAAAUCUAUUACCAGCGAGAUUGUUGACUUACUCCUCCAGCAGUCUCCUACUCAGCAGCAACAGGUCUUAUCCUCUGGAGUAAAAAGCGAAGAUUUUGUCGAAAUGAAAGAUUUGCUUCUGGUCUACCAAAUGGAACUGAGUAGGUUGCAAAAACAUCAUCUGUCUGAGAUCACCACAUGGCAGCAGAAAUUAAAAGGCCAGGCUUUGGAAAUGGAGGCAAAGUUGUCAGCUGAGAAGGCCCAGACUGAGCGGUUGACUCAGGAGCUGGAGGCUGCAAGACUUGAACUUCAAGUUUUCGACUUAAGUGCACGCUCCCUGCUGGCAUUUGAUAAUGAUGAUUCAACUACUAAAUUUGAUGCCGCCAAUCAGACCAUCUGCACGGUCCUGCCCAUAGGAGGCCUAUCACUUGGCAACCAUGAACCGCAAACCUCUGGGCAAAGUCCAGAAGUUGUGAAGAAAGGUGUAGAUGCGAACAUUACAGAUAAUACUAAUCAAAGAAGUCCUACUGAUGAAGAAAGUAGUGAGAAAUCUUCCCGUUUGAGGAAGAGAAGAAAGGGUUGUAGUGGAGCCCUAGAAACUCAAGAUGUCUCUCAGAGUCUUCACCUAAAGACUGAACAGAAGCAACUUGGGAAGGAAAGAGAAGAGAUCCAUCAGAAUUUGGUAGCAGAAAUAAAAGACCUGUCAGCUCAGAUUGAGAUGCUAAAGACUGAACUUCAUAGGAAAGACCAAGAAAAACAAGAUCUUGUUAAGAAAUCAAAAAAAUUUGAAGUCGAAAGACUGGAAUUACUAGAGAAUAUUGAAUUCAUUUUGAGUGAGAAAUCCCAGUUGGCAAAUAAAAUUGUGGGACUCGAGAAAGAGCUUAAUAAUUCAUUGAAUGCCAUGGAGAUAAUGAAACAGCAGAUAUCUGAACUGUCUAGUAUACAAGAAAGAUUAGAGAUCUCCAGCAAGGAAUGCAAAGAAAAUUACCUUCAAACACAAAGCGAGUUGAAGAAGGCAAAAUCUGAAACGGCAAAUAUCGAGAACCAUGCACUGUCUCUAGAAGCUGACCUGGAUGCCCUUCAGUCCAAGUGCCAGCACUUACAAGAAGAAAAUAAAGGCCAUUUAAGAUCCUUUAAUGAGGUUCAGGAGAAUCUUAACACUCUUGUGGCAGAGAAAUGCCGGCUAAAUGAGGAACUGGAGAGUUUAGUCGAAGAAAAGGAAGAGCUUGAGCAAAUGUAUCAAACACUUAAGAUAAGGGAGCAGGAAUUGGAAUCUUGCAAAUCAAGUUCGAAUGAACUAAUAAAGGUAUUGGAAGCUGAAUUACGGACACUGAAGGAGGAACUUCAGGCUGCAAAAUUGACUGCAGAGCAGUUAAAGGCAGAAAGAAACGGUAUGGUUGACUUGCAAGAAAAUGGAAGGAUGCAAGUUCAGCAGCUGCAGAACAAAAUCCAAAGCCUUCAAGAAGAAAAGAAAGUGCUGGUCAAUGAACAAGAAAAUCACCAGAUGCAAGUAAAUAUAUUGCAAGCUGAAAAUGUGAAGCUUUCAAGAAUUCUGGAGCAAUGUCAGUGUGAGAAGCAUGAGCUGGGCAGUAACUUGAAUUCUGCUCGGGAAGAAGUUGCUCUAAUGCGAACCGGAAUAGAGAAACUUAAGGUUAAGAUCGAAGCCGAUGAGAAGAAAAAGCAUCAUUUAAUGGAAAAGCUAAAAGAUAGCGAACGGAAAUUUGACAAGCUAAAUGACAAGAUCGAAUCUUUGGAACGAGAAUUGCUCAUGUCUGAAGAGAAUUUUGAGAAUGCCAUCUUGCAGACAGAGACCUCAAAGGAUGAAGUAGAGAGUGUCAUGGAGCAAAAAGAGGCUUUAGAAAUUGAAUUGAAUAGUUUACGGAAAAAGAUCGAGGAACUGGAAGGAGAACUUCAGAGCAGCAAGGAGACAAUGGUUGAGUUAGAAGCCACCAUUACAGCCAUUACAAAAACUCUGGAGAACAAAGAAACCGAACAUGCCCAGCUUAUGGACAUUUCCACAAAACAGCAGGAUUUGCUUCAAGUAGAACUGGAAGAAUUACUCGCACAAAAAGCCCUUUCUGACCAAAAAUAUGAAACUGCUAUGGUCGAAUGUGCCGAUAUUUCAUCCAAGAUGAAGCAGCAGAAGGAACAGUUGCAGGAAGAGUUGGAGAAGACCCAGACAACCAACAAUAGUCUUAAGGUGGCUCUUCAAAAACUUACUUUGGAUCAAGAAGAAUGCAAAAUUCAACUUGAUAAAAAGACUCAGCAGCUGGUGGCCUUUGAGAGCCAAGCAAAAGAUGCAGAGCAGUGGGAGAUGAAAUAUUCGUCAGAAGUCUCUCGAUAUGAGGUUGAAUGCGAAAAUUUGAGUAAUCAAAAUAAGAGUCUCCAGGCCGCUUUAGAUGAAUUGGAAGAGAAGGCUCGGGCCAUUUCAGCAGAGAAUGAGUCUCUUCAGUCUGUCAUUGCUGGUCUGAAAAACUCAUGUAGUGAUCUUGAAGGCCAGAUGGAAUCCACAAAAUCUGAACAACAGACCCUUCUGGAUAAGGUGGCUGAGCUGGAAGACAAUUGUAGUGGUUUGCAGAGCAAAUUACAAGAUGCUGAUUUACAUCUCCGAAGUAUUGAAGAGCAGCGCAGCAGUGAGCGGAGGGGACUGGAUGAGGAAAUGCAGGCGAUCAGAAGGCAGCACGAGGACAGCAGCGCUCAGCUCCUGACCGCUGCAUCAGAGGCAGAAGAGAUGAAGAAGUCUGUAGCUUCCCUGCAGAGGGAGCUGGAAUCUCAGGCCAAGAAGCACAAGGAUGAUAUCAUGGAAUAUGAAAAGCUACUGGCCCAGGCUGAAUCCCAUCACCAGUCCCUGCUGGAUGAAGUCCGCAGACAAGUGGCUGAGCUGGAAGACAAUUGUAGUGGUUUGCAGAGCAAAUUACAAGAUGCUGAUUUACAUCUCCGAAGUAUUGAAGAGCAGCGCAGCAGUGAGCGGAGGGGACUGGAUGAGGAAAUGCAGGCGAUCAGAAGGCAGCACGAGGACAGCAGCGCUCAGCUCCUGACCGCUGCAUCAGAGGCAGAAGAGAUGAAGAAGUCUGUAGCUUCCCUGCAGAGGGAGCUGGAAUCUCAGGCCAAGAAGCACAAGGAUGAUAUUGUGGAAUAUGAAAAGCUACUGGCCCAGGCUGAAUCCCAUCACCAGUCCCUGCUGGAUGAAGUCCGCAGACAACAGGACGGAGACCUAGCGAGCUAUCGGCAGACGCUGACAUCACUGGAAGCAAGUCUUAAUGUGCACAAACAGGAGAUUGAUUACUUAAAAGCUGGCAAUGGGGAAUUGAAUGAAUCCUUGUGUAAAGCCCGGGAGCAGCUGGCGGAGCUCGAACAACUUAAGAUCAAUCUUAAUGAUUUGGAGAAGGAAAACGCUAAGAUCUGUAGUGAUCUCCAUCACUGGAUGAAGUCAUGUAAAGAGCUGGAAGGGGAGAAGGAGCAGCUGCAGGCCAGGCUUUCGCAGCAGGAGGAGACGCUGAAGGGCCUGACGCAGAAGCAUGACCCGACAGACAUGAACACCAGCAAUAACGACUUGCUGUCGGAGAUUGAAGAGUUAAAACAGUACUUGGAAGAGAAGACGAUUGAGGCGGACGAGAGCGUGGAGAAAUACUGCAACUUAAUGAUCAAGACUCACAAACUGGAAGACGCCAACGACACGCUGAAGAAGCAGGUGGAUCUGCUGAGCAGCAGACUGAAAGAGCUCGAACCCAAGCAAGAAGCGGUGGAAUCUCAGACGCUGUCAUCGGAUGAGGCCAAGAAAAGAAGGAAGAGCACAAGGUCCAUUCAGGGGAAGCAAGCAACUAAGAGACGAAGGGAAUCUGAGAACAUGGGGCAAAAUCCAUCAACCCCUCAAGCCGUGACCAAAAAAGUGAAGAAAAAUGGAAGUCAGAGCUUAGAAGAAAAGUUUGAGCCUGAAGGGCUUCCAGAUGUUGUGAAAAAAGGAUUUUCCGAUAUCCCAUCUGGGAAGCAAAGUCCAUUUGUCCUCCGGAGAACAGCGGCGCCAUUAAGGAGGAGCCCACGCCAGCGGCUAAACUCUCCAUCCGUACUGAACACUCGUAUUGAUAAUCUAGAAAACCUCCCUGAUCUGAACAGUCCAACACCAGGGGGCAGCAAAGCCCAAGUGACAAAGGCCACGGAGGAGGACUCUGCUCCAAUGGACGUUCUAUCUCCACUUGUCAAGACAAGGAGUCGAGCGUCUGAUAACAUGCGUGCCGGCGAACCAGAGAGCAUGCGGACACCCGUGAAAGCUUCACUUGAUGACACGGAAGAAGAGGGGGCAUGUCAAGUGCAGUGAUUGAUCCGCACUGGUUUCUCAUAUUAUUCUGUACAAGACUGUAGCUGACCGGCUGGGCCGGGCGUGGACGCAGAUCUUUAUUUUGGAUGGUUGAACCACAGGCCGAAGAUUGGGGAUCGCCUACAAACUAGGGGAUACAUUAAAAUGCUGUCAGUUCGUUCUCUACUGAUCGCCCCAUGCCAAUGCAGGCUCAGAUUAGUCGAGUGUGUUCUGACUGGGGAGAAAGCCGAUGCCAUAUGCAAUUAUAUUGCAUUAAAGGGGUUCUCUGGGAAUUAAGAAAAUGAAAAUACUUAAAUAUUACUUUAUUAUAAAUAUAUUCCCAAUUACCUUUCAUUAGUUAGAUUGGUUCGUUUUGUCUGGGGAGCAAUCAUUAGGAGAAAAAAAAUGGCUGCCAUCCUAUUAGUACAAACAAAACCUGCCCUAAUAACACAAGUUACUUCACAACACUGAGCUAAAGAGCUGCCUCAUCCUCCUCUCUGCUCUGCUUGUCAGGGAUUAUGAUCCUGAAUACAGCUGAUAAGAUCUUCAGCUGAAUCUCU